AAAAUUGCCGGAGGGGAGAGAAAAUCCAUGGAAUCCGCCUAUUUAACCAUGAGAAGGGAGAAGCGAAGAUAGGAGAGAGAAGAACACCACCACCAAUCCACCAUCACGAGGAGGAGGAGAAGAGAAGACGCGCAAGCGAAAUCCAGGGGAGGAGGGCGAGCGAGAGAGAGAGAGAUUCUCGCGGCAGGAAAUGGCCCAUUCCGCUUGCUGCUGGACUCUGAUCUGAUCUAUUGGAAUGGUUCAUCCCAGGUUCCUUGUUGCUUGUUCAGGCUCCAAAUUGUGCUUCAUCUCCAAUUGUUGCAGUAACUAUUGGAACAUGAUUGGUGGUGGGAUGGUGAAAUCAUUAGUGCUGAUGGGGUUCGAUUCAGAAGCCACAUUGUAGUUUUAGCCUUCUUGUGUCAUCAUAGUUUAGCUGAUUAUUACUGGAACAAUUGCUAGAGACUUUGUUGCUGAAAAUAAGAGGCUGAAAUGGAUCAUGGUAAAAUCUGAAUAGGAACAAAGUGUGGGCAAGAGGAAAAUUGGUUUCCUUUUGCUGGAGUAACUCUAGUGAGAUGGGUUUGCCUCAGGUUCCUGCAAUCAAGGAGGAAGUGCUUCCUACAAUGAGUGCAUCUCUUAUUGUUCGUCCUCAUUUUGCGGGGAAUAGCACCUGUCAUUUGGGUAAGCUUCCUGCAGAAAGCUCAAGUAACAGGGCAUCUCCAUGCUCAUACAUCAGUGAUUUCAAGAGAAAUGAUGUUUUAGAUUCUUUGAAUGGAUUUGAUGGCAAUUUUAGAGCCAGCCAUGCUGCUUAUGGGCCUGCAGGCUUCCAAGGUCUAAAACCUGAUACAGGGGAUGUAGGUUCCAGAUCAGGCCCUAAAUUGGGAUCAAAUGUUCAGAUGCCUGCAAUGAGGAUUGUUGGCUUUGAAUCAGGUUUUGCUAAUUCCACUGGAGGUCCUGAUACGAUGGUAGCUGACAAUACGGAUUCACCUUUAGUUAUUGAUAAUUGCCAUUCAUUGAUUGAACAGCAUGGGCCUCAUGCGAGGAAAAGGGUGUUGUCGCCUUUGAACAAUGCGCUCCCUGGACAUUUCCGAGGUGAUGCCCUGAAUAUUGGUUCUGGUGAUGCCAAAAUUCAGCAUUCUGAUUGUGCUAGGAGACUUUAUACUUCUGGCUUUCAAGAUCGUAAAAAGGCAAAUACUGCAAUUCUUGAUUCUUUUGAGGCACCUACAUGGCCAGCUUCGAGAUACUCCAACUGGAGUACAGAGCAGGGUGUCGAUAAAUUUAGUGGUAGUACAUUCACUGAUGGUCCUUUGCUUGAGAGCAGGGAGUCAUUUCCUUGUUCAGAUCACCUGGAAGCUCUUGAAAGUGUUGCUGUUCCACUUGCAAAAUUGGCACAUCCUCCUCUGCUUAAUCUGUCUCCUCUUGGCCCAACAUGGAUGCAUGGAACAAAUACUGUAGGAUCUCAUGGAGAAUCAUUGAGAGAAACUGAAGGUUCAACCUGUGAAGGGUAUUCAGAAGGUCAUGGUAGGUCAAGGAUAAGAGAUGCGUUUGAAAAAACUAAUAUCUUACAUGAUGACUUUGAUAUGAGGAUCCCUAAGAAGAGUUCAGAUAGAAAAUCUCAAAACUGGGGCCCGGAAUCUGCCUCUGUAUCCCCACGCAUUGGAUGUAUUCGGAGUAUUGGUCUCCUUCCUGUACGAAGGUCGUUAAUUGGCUCUUUUGAGGAAUCUCUUUUAUCUGGUCGCUAUUCCUGUGGAAAAGACAAUCAGAAUAUUGACGGUUUCCUUGCUGUCCUGAAUGUGACUGGUGGUAACUUCUCUCCCCCAACUCAGAAGCUUCCAUUUUCAGCUACCAGCAUUGAUGAGAACAGCUCCUUACUCUACUAUUCAUCGAUCGAUCUUGUGGGGAGGCUGCCUAUGAGCAGUAGCAAAAGCCCAAAGCUCAAAAGAAGCCUGAGUAAUCAUGAUUCACGAUCAGCGAAGAGUCGGUUACGUAUCCCAGUUAAAGGGCGUGUGCAGCUGGUUGUCAGUAACCCAGAGAAGACACCGCUACAUACCUUCUUCUGCAACUAUGAUUUGAGUGACAUGCCUGCUGGAACCAAGACUUUCAUGCGGCAAAAGGUCACUCUGUUCCCUGUUUCUCCCUCUAAUCAAAAGAAAGAAGGAAGCAAGGCCAAUGAAACAAAGGUCGAGUCAGUCCAGUUUGGGAGUGAACUUAGAGAAUGCGGCACUCUAUUUUCUGAAUGCUGUAGACCAGGGCAGAACUGCAACUUGAUCGAUGACUCGGAAAAGGGCGGCCGCAAGAACAUGACAUGUUGCUCUAUGGAGUGUGACAUUAGAGAAUCAAAUGACUCUAGCUCUCUAGAAACUUCAGAAAAUGGCAGUAGUACCAAUGUUUGCUGUUGUCAAUCAGACACAUUUCCCUUAGGUGAAAAGAAAUACUGCUGUAGAUCGUCCAAGAUCAAUGAUCCAGCUGGAGGUGCUCUUCGUUAUGCUUUGCACCUACGAUUUCUGAGCCCAUUUGCCAAGAAACCGUCAAGAUCUAUGCAGCGUAGCAAAUCUGAUGUAUCAUCAGAACCAUACAACCAUAGUUCAGGGCCUGAGGAACACAGACGAUUCUAUCUCUACAAUGAUGUUAGAGUUGUCUUUCCUCAAAGACACUCAGAUGCAGAUGAAGGCGAGCUGCGGGUCGAGCACGACUUCCCUGCUGAUCCCAAGUACUUCGACAUAAGCAACUGAUAUUUACUCGCGCACUUCACAUGAAAUCUGUAUAUAUCAUACCCUCAUUAACCCGUCCAUCAAUCCCUUGUGUUCAUAAACAUUCACCCAUUUGUAUAGGACUAAAAUCUUCCAAUGAAAUACCUCAUUUCGUUCAGAAUCUUGUGCAUAGUCUCUAAAUAAUGUUUUCACCAUACAUGGUGAUGUUGUCA